AUGCUACCAUUGGGCAAAAACAUCAUUCGAACCCUCUUGCAUGGUGUACCAGAAUCGGUUGUGGGCAAAUUCGUUGAUACAGCGCUCGUCACCGCCGCUCGUGAGAUGGGAAUGAUGAUGCGUCUGCGAGCCCGCAGCUUGAGCAUUGCAUUUAUGCGAAAGGCUCCUUUCUGUUUUAACAGGCCCCUGCCCAAGAUAAGUUCCUUGCCUUUGGUCUUUGGUGCCGGUGCUCGUUACUCACUGAUACAGACCAUACACCUCCCGGUGGACGAAGUCAUCCAGCUCCGUUGCCCAUUGAUGAUUCGCCAUCACUCGUGUACAUCAGCUAGGGCCAGGGUCACAAGUCUCAACCGCAUCCCCACAUCUCGCAUGUAUGACACCUAUGAGCCUGGCCACCAAGCCCAACCAAACUUCGACUCUCUUAGAUUCUUCAAUUAUGACAGCACGAGCAAGUUGUCUUGUGCAGCUGUCCCGGCCAGCCUAAUGCCAUUGCAGACUGCGCUGGACACCAGACUUGCGACCAGCCCGAUUCAUAGUCAACCACCUCAGGUCAAUACGACCAAGAUGGUUCAGCUGUCAGCCCGGUGCCUAGAAAGGUGA